AGUUUGUCCCGCUACCAGCAGCAAUCACUGGUAAUUGAUAGUAGCUUCCCUGGCUUAAGUAACAAUCUGUGGGUUGGAAGCCAGAGACAAGCUGGUGGGCCUGUUGUUUCCAGUUUGAAGAAUUUAAGCUCUUAUCAAUUAGAGUCUGACAGAGGACAUAGUGGUCAGCCGUCAAGGCUGCAGCAUGAGUUGAACUCCACUCAAUCAGAUCUGAGGCCUGAAAUGGCUGGAAGCCAAUUGCAAAAUCAAUCACUAAUCGUAUAUGGCUAUAUGCAAGGGCGUGAAUCUUUCCAGACAAGGCAGAAUGAACCAAACUUAUUGGGACUAGAUACAGCACCCACGGGCUCAUCAAGUCUUGAUUCGCCAAUGGGAAAUGUCCCUGAUUUUCAUAAAAAUAAUUCAUUGAGGUUGGGAUCAGCUGAAUCUCCCAUAAAUUAUGAUCUUAUUGGGGGGCAACAACAAUUUAGUGGAAAGCAUCCUGGUAUGAUCCAUCCUUUGCCAAGGCAGCAACCUGGGAUGACUGACAUGCAGUUCUUACAGCAAAGUGCUAUAAUGCAAGAAUUACAGAGACACCAACUUCCAAAGUCACAGUUUUGGCUUCCAGAAGCAAGGCAGUCAAACUCUGCAAAUCAGGUUUCCUCUGUUAGACAGAUAUCGGAUAGCCUUUCUCCUUCUCCCAUCGAUGGUGUUCCUUUCCAUGAUGCUUAAAAUGAUUCUUGGAAGCCUGAGGACAUGGCACCAAAUUCAAAUUGUCUGCAGUAUGGUGCCUCUCCAGCCAUGCAGGUAUCCUCUGGUAUGUUUUCCCCUGGGCAAGGUCAGAUGUGUUUGAUGGGUGUGGUUCCUCAGCAGGUUGAUCAAUCAUUUUAUGGGAUUUCUGCAAGCAAUGCAAGAGGAAAUGCAUAUCAAUAUUCUUCUGUUCAAAUGGAUAAGCCUUUGAUUCAGCAGGUGCCAGCCAGCAGUCAUUCCUUUCUGGAUAAUCAGUAUGAUAUGUUUUCAGAUCAAGUUGGCUUGCAAGAUGGAACUUCGGUUUCUGGACAGUGUGAUCAGGAUAAUAAUGUAUUUGGAGCCAUGGCUGAUCAGGGUUUAAAUAGCGGAUUUCAUUCAGAGAACUUCCAGCGAAUGUUUAUCCAGCCACAAACUGCAGUGAUGCAGGAGUCUCCUUAGUGGCAAGAGCAUUGCUGUCCUUCAGAAACAUCCCUGGAGAACUCAACAAUUCAGGUUUCCUCCUCCCACAAUGCAGCUUCGCUGGAUCCGGUUGAAGAAAAGAUUUUGUUUGGUUCAGAUGACAGUAUGUGGGAUAUCUUGGGAAAGAGCUCCAAAGUGGGUUCAGCAAUGGAUGGUAUGAAAUCCUUAGGGGGAUUUCCUUCUCAGCGAAGUAGGAUUUGGAGUGCUCUUAUGCUGUCUGCUGUAGCAGAAACAUCCAGUAAUGAUAUAGGGGUGCAGGAACAGGGGAGUGGUUUGGAUUUGCAGAAUUGUGAACCUCCAAGCUGGAACAUGCCAGCAUCAACUGUCAAUGAUGGCGGCAAACAACGAUCAACUUGGGCUGAUAAUAACUUGCCCAAUGCUUCGUUGCUGAACUUAAACCUUUAAGUAUGUCCAAUACUGAUAAGUUGGUAUUACCAGAAAAUAAUGCCAGCCAAGAUUCUGCAAGCAUGUAAAGAGAUACCGAAGGUUUUGGCUGUUAUUCAAGACCAAAUAAUGAUGUGCAUCUGGAGCAGGCAAUGAACAAUAUAGAGAUUGAUCCAAGUAAAAGGAGUAUUAAAAGAUUUAAAGGUCCACCACCAGACUCUAGUUUGGAAGCUCAGCAGGUAAGUUCCCAAAGUGCAGAGAAACUAUCUUAUGGAUCCAAUGCUCUGAUGAGAGAUGCUCAAGUUAACCAUCCUUUAGUUCCUUCUGGAGAUUCUAAGGUGCUAAGCUCUUUAUCAAACACCGGAGAUAACCAUGAGACACAUUAUCUGCUACUAUGCUGGCAUUUGUUCAGAAUGAUUCCCCACAUUUCUCCAAUUCUAAUAAUUUAGCUGCUAAUAUCAGGCGUGAACACUCUCAGAUCAGCCCCCAGAUGUCUACAUCCUGGUUUGAUCAGUAUGGGGCAAUUAAAAAUGGGAAAAUGUUGCCUGUAUGUGAUGCUCAAAAAAUUGCCUUGAUGAACGCUACAGAAAAAGCAUUCAUUGUUGGUCGGGCCUUUAACAGUAUGCAUGUUCAUUCGAGUGAACAUGACGCUGGUCCACUGGAUAAAGUCCAGCAAAGCUCAAACUUUAUGCCUAUAUCAACUGAAUAUACCUCCCCUCACUCACUGCCACCUGAUAUCACCAGUCAGAAUUCGAUGGUUGCGAGAGCAAUGAAGCGCAAGAGUAUGACAUUUGAGUUUCUACCAUGGCAUAGAGAAGUGACACAGGGUUCUCAAAGGCCUCAGAACAUCAGUGUGGCAGAAGUUGAAUGGGCUCAUGCAGCAAAUCGAUUGAUUGAGAAGGUUGAGGAUGAACCUCAAAUCAUUGAAGAUUGGCCGCCAAUGCUUAGGUCAAAAAGAAGGCUUGUUUUAACAACGCAGCUUUUGCAGCAACUACUUCGUUCUCCUCCAAGAGUAAUUCUUUCUGCGGAUGCCAGCAAAAACUGUGAGACUCUGGCAUGUUUUGUUUCCAGAUCAGUCUUAGGAGAUGCAUGUAGCAUGGCAUAUAUAUACCUGAAAGUGACACAGCUGCCUCCCCUUGCAAUGGAAGCAUGUAAGUACAUCACUUUGGGAAUACUUGAGCCUCCUUUUACUGGAACUCAUAUGGGAUCAUUAUUUCUCUCUGAAAAGCAGAGGGAACAGAGAAAUCAAUCCCUUGUGAAGGCUGCGGAAGAGUUUAUCAGCAUAGCAAAGAUGCUUGAAGACAGUUUACAGAGUCUGGUCAAGAGAGCCUCGAUCUUGGACUUAAGACUGGAAUAUCAGGAUCAAGAGAAGGUGUCGGUCAUCACUCGCUUUGCCAAGUUCCAUGGCAGGGGGCAACCAGAUGGACUCUCAAAUUCUUUGGACAGAGAUACGUUAUCGCACUGCCGAUGCCUAGGAAUCUACCCGAUAGGGUACAAUGUCUCUCACUUUGAUCAUAAGCUGAUUGAUUUUUUCCCCUUACUGCCUUUCUUAUCCAACCUCAUGCUUUGUGCUCCAAUUACUUUGAAGCACAGAAAUGAAAAGGUAGGAUAA